AUUUUAGGCUAACUUAAUAUCGUCUCUGUUGUGGUCACGAAGUGGAAGGCUCCCUUUAUUCGGCGUUAAGAACGUAUGCAGCCACUGAGUGACUGAUGAGCGGUUAGCAGACGAGAGAGCGCCAGACGCUCGUGGGACACCGUCGGGAACACAAGGGCUGAUCGUGUAAUAAAGUAUUGUGUAUUGUUUAUUACGUGUUCGGUGUAAAUAUAAAUUGUGUAUACUCUCGGCCAUCCGAACACAACAGUGGCGACGAGGAAAACAAAAUAGACUUUUGGGAGUUUUUUCGAGUAAAGUUUACGUGUUAUGCGUGUGUCAGUCAUUGCUAUAACUCUCGUGCUAGCGUCGCGCGUGUGUAUGUGCGUCGCGUGAUCGUACCGCGUCUCGGGUCGUAUUUAAUUUGUUUUAUCGGGUGUUCUGUGCGUACUGCAACAAUUCCAUCGUUACGGAAGCGGAGAAGAAUGAACAGCCCAGGAGAUCAGCCCCCAUCGGAAGAGCAGCGUCGAGCAUCGCAAAAUUGGUACAGCGUUCCCGGUGCAGCAAGUAUGCCGCAGCAGCCGCAGCAGCCAUCAUUAGUAGCAGUGCCACCAAAUCUACAAAGUGCAAUGCCCUCAGCAAUCCAGCGCCAUCGCAGAAUUUUGUUGAAGGGUCAUCGCACCAAGCAGCGUCAUCGCACCAAGCAACGUCAUCGCACCAAGCAGCGUAAUCGGAGCAAAUGAUGCAACUGAUCAUUUUAAUGCAGAAACAGAUAAGCCAACUCACAUUAAUGCAAAAUAAUUCGGCAACUGCCAAGCCCCCAGAACAUGUAUUAACUUCCGCACCUUUUGCAGAGCAAAUACUCGAUUCUUUAUCGCACCACAUAAAGGAGUUCCACUUCGAGGAGGAAGCAAAAAUGACCUUUGCUUCGUGGUUUGCUCGAUCUGAGGAUUACUCUAAGACGGUUGAGCGGAGAUUUUAAGAGGUCUUCAACGGCAUGGGUCUGUGCACAAAGGCUAGUGUAAAACUGCAGCUGAAGGAAAACGUUCGUCCAGUAUUCUGCCCAAAGCGACCGGUAGCUUAUGCAGUACAGGAGUUAGUCGACAAGGAACUCGAUCGACUAGAGCAGAUGAGCAUAAUAUCUCCAACGGAUUACUCUGAAUGGGCAGCACCUAUCGUCGUCGUCCGCAAGGCAAACGGCAGCAUUCGGCUUUGCGGGGACUACUCAACUGGACUAAAUGACGCGUUGCAGCAACAUGAGUAUCCUUUACCAUUACCUGAAGAUAUCUUCGCUAGACUAUCGCAAUGCAAAAUAUUUAGCAAAAUUGAUCUAUCCGAUGCUUUCUUACAGGUAGAAAUCGACCCUGCCUACCGAUCUUUACUCACCAUCAAUACGCAUCGAGGUUUAUUCACCUACAAUAGAUUGCCGCCUGGUAUUAAGAUUGCUCCAGCAGCGUUCCAGCAGCUUAUCGACACAAUGCUGGCUGGUGUAAAAGGAGUGUCAUGUUACAUGGACGACAUCAUUGUCGGAGGAGCCACUGAACAAGAGCAUGAAGCGAAUUUAAUGGCAGUUUUGAAAAGGAUUCAAGAGUAUGGAUUCAGCAUUCGAUCGGAAAAAUGCGCUUUUAAGGUUCAGCAACUAAGAUAUUUGGGUUACAUCAUCGACACCCACGGAUUGCGCCCCGAUCCAGCGAAGAUCGAUGUCAUAAAAAGGCUUCCAGAACCAACAGAUGUGAGCGGCGUCCGAUCCUUUCUAGGAGCCAUAAAUUAUUAUGCCAGAUUUAUCCCAAAUAUGAGAGAGUUGCGAUAUCCACUGGAUAACUUAUUGAAGACAAAUGCACAGUUUCGAUGGACCGCCGAUUGUAAAAGAGCGUUUGAAAGAUUUAAAUCCUUGCUAUCAUCGAACUUGUUGUUAACGCAUUAUGAUCCAAGGCAUAAAAUAAUAGUAUCGGCAGAUGCAUCAUCAAUAGGUAUUGGUGCCACUAUUAGCCACAUGUUUCCCAAUGGUACCAUACGUGUGGUUGAACAUGCCUCUAGAGCACUUACAAAAACAGAAGAAGGAUAUAGUCAAAUAGAUCGUGAAGGACUGGCAAUCAUCUUCGCGGUAACGAAAUUCCACAAGAUGAUAUUUGGAAGGCGUUUCCAGCUUCAGACAGAUCAUCGUCCACUACUGCGGAUCUUUGGGUCGAAAAAAGGGAUCCCAGUCUACACUGCCAACCGCUUGCAGCGUUUUGCGCUCACGCUAUUGUCAUACGAUUUCGGCAUUGAAUAUGUACGCACCGAAUCAUUCGGAAAUGCCGAUGUACUCUCCAGGCUAAUUAACAAGCAUGAUAAACCGGAUGAGGAUUGUGUAAUCGCUUCUGUUGCACUAGAGAUGGAUGUAAAGUCUAUUGCAACAAGCGCUUUAGUUACGUUUCCCUUGAUUUUUAGAGAGGUCGCUCGAGAAACGAAUCGUGAUCCUAUAGCAAGGAAGUUGCAUUGCUACAUAAAAAACGGGUGGCCACGUAAUAUUGCCCUUGGCGCAGAUUCAUCUCGUUAUCACAGCAGGAAGGAAGACUAUUCAACGGUGGAAGGAUGUAUUUUGGUCGGAGAGAGAGUGUUAAUACCAGAGAAACUACGCAAGCAAUGUCUGUCCCAGCUUCAUCGAGGACAUCAUGGUAUCCAGCGCAUGAAGGCGAUUGCGCGUAGCUAUGUGUUUUGGCCGUCGUUAAAUGAAGACAUCAUUGAUCUCGUCAGUAAUUGCCAUUAAUGUGCUCGGGCAGCAAAAUCUCCUGCUCAUGCUGAUCCUUUGCCGUGGCCGAAGACAACAACGCCAUGGGAGCGUGUCCAUGUGGACUACGCGGGCCCAAUAGAUGGAGACUAUUUUUUGGUAGUAGUCGAUGCGCAUACUAAGUGGCCAGAGAUCAUCCGGACGGCUAGUAUCACAGCCCGCAUAACCGUUAGCAUCUUGAGAGGGUUGUUCGCGCGUUUCGGUAUGCCAACGACACUGGUGAGCGACAAUGGCACACAAUUCACCAGCGGUGAGUUUUCGGAGUUCUGUUUGAGUAAUGGUGUGCAUCACAUUACGUCUGCCCCGUUUCAUCCGCAAUCGAACGGGCAGGCAGAAAGAUUCGUAGAUACGUUUAAGCGCUCGUUAACCAAGAUAAGAGUAGGAGGAGCACCGCUGCAGGAAGCACUGGGCCUAUUCCUACAGACAUAUCGAACCACGCCAAACCCUCAGUUAGAGCAAAACAAAACACCUGCUGAAGUUAUGUUUGGACGACCUAUACGAACGUGUUUUGAUUUACUCCGUCCCCCAAGGAAAAUUCAACAUGACUUUAGAGAAGGGAAUGAAAGAUCGUUCGAGCGUGAUGACCUUGUCUAUGCUAAGGCGUAUAGUAGGAACAAUUAACAUUGGGUUCCAGGAAGAGUGAUUCGGAAACGUGGAAAUGUUACCUACGAGGUACUUGACUGGUCAUCGCAGCGUCAUUAGACACAUUAAUCAACUGAAAAGGCGUGGACCAUUCAACAGCCAGGGUCCCAUGACGGAACGUUUCAAUCCAUUACCGUUGGAUGUAUUAUUGGAUUCUUGGAGCAUACCCGUUACACCAUCAGUGCUCCCAGAUGUUUAUCCAACACAACUUGCACCGCCAGUGGCGACUCCAACUGAGCCGCCAUCUCUUCCCCCACAUCGAUCUAUUCCUCAGCAUCAACGUUCACCACGUCGCUCUUCUCGGUCUAGAAGAGCUUCACGUCGGUUCGAUCCGUACCUACGCUAUUAAAAAGGGGGAGAUGUUGUGGUCACGAAGUGGAAGGCUCCCUUUAUUCGGCGUUAAGAACGUAUGCAGCCACUGAGUGACUGAUGAGCGGUUAGCAGACGAGAGAGCGCCAGACGCUCGUGGGACACCGUCGGGAACACAAGGGCUGAUCGUGUAAUAAAGUAUUGUGUAUUGUUUAUUA